CCGGCUGCCAACAUGGCGCUGUACAACUUCAAGAAGAUUAUGGUGGUCCCGACAGCCAAGGACUUCAUAGACCUGACAUUAUCGAAGACUCAGAGGAAGACUCCAACAGUCAUUCAUAAACAUUAUCAAAUUCACCGGAUUAGGCAUUUUUACAUGAGGAAAGUAAAAUAUACUCAGCAGAAUUACCAUGAUAGACUCACUCAGAUUUUAACUGACUUCCCCAAAUUGGAUGAUAUCCACCCAUUUUAUGCUGAUUUGAUGAAUGUUCUUUAUGACAAGGAUCAUUACAAGUUGGCCUUGGGACAAAUUAAUAUUGCCAAAAAUCUAGUGGACAAUGUUGCCAAAGAUUAUGUGCGGCUUAUGAAAUAUGGGGAUUCUUUGUACCGCUGCAAGCAGCUCAAGCGUGCUGCCCUGGGGCGUAUGUGUACAAUUAUCAAGAGACAGAAACAGAGUCUGGAAUAUCUGGAACAAGUGCGUCAGCAUUUAUCUCGUCUUCCCACUAUUGACCCAAAUACACGGACUUUGCUUUUGUGUGGGUAUCCAAAUGUUGGAAAAUCCAGUUUCAUCAAUAAGGUGACAAGAGCAGAUGUGGAUGUGCAGCCUUAUGCUUUUACUACCAAAUCUUUAUUUGUAGGACACAUGGAUUACAGAUAUUUGCGCUGGCAGGUGGUCGACACUCCGGGGAUUCUGGAUCACCCUCUGGAAGAAAGGAACACCAUUGAAAUGCAGGCUAUCACAGCAUUGGCCCACCUUCGUGCUGCUGUGCUCUAUGUCAUGGAUGUGUCUGAGCAGUGUGGGCAUAAUCUGGAAGAACAAGUGGAACUCUUUAAAAAUAUUAAGCCACUUUUUGCUAAUAAGCCUCUUAUAGUUGUAGCAAACAAAUGUGACGUCAAGAGAAUAUCUGAACUUCCGGAAGAUGACCAGAAAAUCUUUGCAAAUUUGGAGGCUGAAGGAUUUCCUGUUAUAGAGACGAGCACCUUGACUGAAGAAGGUGUUAUAAAAGUGAAAACAGAGGCUUGUGAUAGACUUUUGACUCAUCGAGUUGAAACCAAAAUGAAAGGAAAUAAAGUGAAUGAUGUGCUGAACCGAUUGCAUUUAGCCAUGCCAAGCAAAAGAGAUGAUAAGGAGAGGCCACCAUUCAUUCCUGAGGGUGUAGUAGCACGCAAGAAGAGAAUGGAAACUGAUGCACCCAAAAAGAAAAGGGAACGAGAUCUUGAGCUGGAAAUGGGAGAUGAUUAUAUUUUGGAUCUUCAGAAAUACUGGGAUCUAAUGAAUUCAUCUGAAAAAUAUGAUAAAAUACCAGAAAUUUGGGAAGGCCAUAACAUAGCUGAUUAUAUUGACCCAGACAUCAUGGAGAAAUUGAAAGAGUUAGAGAAGGAGGAAGAACUAAGACAAGCUGCUGGAGAAUAUGACAGUGAAUCUGAAACUGAAGAUGAGGAAAUGAUGGAAAUCCACCGUUUAGCCAAACAGAUUCGAGAGAAAAAGAAACUGAAAAUUCUGCAAUCCAAAGAAAAGGAUACAUCAGGACCCAGAAUGCCUCGCACUGCUAAGAAGGUUCAGCGGAAAACCUUGGAGAAUGAGAUGCGCAGCCUCGGCCUUGACAUGGAUGAUAAAGACGAUAGCCACUACGCCACCCAGGCCAGAAGAUCUCGGAGCGUUACGAGGAAACGCAAACGUGAGGAGUCUGUUCCUCCCACUUCUAAAAGCCGGAGUCGCAGUUGCUCACGCACACCCCGUGAUGUUUCUGGUCUAAGAGAUGCCAAGAUGGUGAAGAAAGCUAAAACCAUUAUGAAGAAGGCUCAGAAGAAGAUGAAUCGCCUGGGGAGAAAGGGAGAAGCUGACAGACACGUGUUUGAUAUGAAACCAAAACAUUUAUUGUCCGGCAAGAGGAAAUCUGGUACAAAAGACAGAAGAUAAAGACGCCAUAUUGAAUUAAAACUCUUGUACUGUCUUGUCCGUUUUCUUUAAGCCUCGGAGAGCUGCAUUGAGGAGCUCGAGCAUCUCUGCAGAGGGGCGGAGUAGACGGCCAAUAAAUAGGGUGGAUCUUUACUGUUCUUUGGACUGUGCCUGUAGACCCUCACGGACUCUGUUGGUUCUCAACAGAGAAAAACUUAACUACUUGCUCUGAAAGUUGUAUAUUAAUGGUUCUUUUUCAAGAUAAAAUAGGCCUACCUGGUGGCCUCAAGAAUAUUGCCACGAGAUCCCUGCAAAUCCAUGGAAAGGUUUAGAAUCUGUAAGGAAAGUACUUAGGAGGACUUGAUGAGAAUGCCAGAACUCUGAUUUUAGAGACUUUGUACAAUUGUCCUUCUCUACAGUUAAGUCUAUUAAAUGUAACAUUAAUGCAAAGAAAGUUUAUUUGCAUAGGAAAAUGUGGUUUUUAUAAAACAUUUUGUUAUAAAUAAUCAACUACAUUAUGCCACAGGAAGGGAAUUUUGAAUGGGUGACCUAUUUUUAAACCUAGCGAUAUUGGUUGUUCUUAAAUAAAACUUAAAAUACUUCUUAAAAA